AUGUCGAACACCGGCCUGCCAGAGUCUUUGCGUGCAUGGAGGGAAAUGGACGCCUUGCGUGAUCCGCGUUGGCCGGAAACAUGGGAGUCGCUUCGUUCAUACUUUCAGGACAAGGGAUACGAUCUUUUUCGAAACAAGAGUGGUGGAGUACUCAGCGUUCCUAACGGAAUAACACAGUCCCCCAGCAACGAUUCUUUUGGACUAUAUGGAGACAGAGGAAAUGACUUCACGAGCGACUUUUGUCCUCAUUCACCAGUCGUCGCCGCUCGGGAUAGACAAAAUAGAGAUGUCGUUAUCAAGGUAGUUGCAAAGGGAAAUGAAGGAUUAAAAGAGCUGGAAAUUUUGCAACUGCUAAACUCAGAGCCCUUAAGGUCUGACCCGUAUAAUGCGACGGUACCUGUUCUAGAAUUCCUCAAGUAUGAUGGCUGGCAUUUUAUUGUCAUGCCGUUCUAUGAUGACUGCAGUAGUCCUCCUUUUCGGAACAUCCACGAAUGCUUGGACUUUGUGGAACAAGUUUUGAGGACCCUAGCAUUCCUACAUCGCAAUCGGAUAGCACAUCUGGACGUUGCAUAUGAGAACAUGCUGAUGAACCACCACGGAAAUAAACCAUACAUUGACUUCGAUUCUUCUUCCUGCGGGGUUCCUGAGCCAGUUUUUCGAUCCAAAUUUCCGGUGAAAUACUAUUUGGUGGAUUUCGGGUUUUCUGUCAGGUUCUCCCCGUCGUCACCUCUUAAACCGUGCCUUGUGGCGCCGUUCCAUAGUGCCCGCGACCAGCGGUCACCCGAAGAACAGAAAUCGAAGAAGUUCAAUCCGUUUCCUGUAGAUGUUUACCAGACAGCGAGACUAUUUUAUGCAUUGUUUGUUAAUAUUGUGCCGGAUGUACCAGGGUUCCUGGAACUUCUACAGGAUAUGUCAUCAUACAAUCCUUCGAACCGUAUCUCAAUGCACGAAGCUUUAGAGCGGUCUUGCAUGUUGCGCGCCAAUCUCCCAUACGCCACCGUCGAUGAUGAAGAUUCAAUUUUAUUCAGGCCGCGGUCAAUUGAGCUUCUCGCCUACUAUCUCGUUCCAAUGGGAUUCUGGCGCAUGCUACGCGACAUUCUGCAAACAGGCGAGAUGUGGCUAGCUUGCCAAUUCGCAUGGUAUACAACAAAGAAAUGGUUUUUGGAACGCUUCAAUGGCAGAGAUAUCCAUUUUAAGGACACCUGAACGAUUAGUUUGUGCGUUUGUGGAUUGCACAAUCGUGCAUUGCGCAGUGCUCGCGUUCCAUCCUGUGCUUGUGGGCGUUGUCCGUGAAUUAUAUAGUG